GUUCAACAUUAACUUCGAGUCUUCGACUGACUCGACUUUGCCUCCAUCCAGUUCGCCUGGCGCGUCGCGCAACAUUAUAAAUUAGAGUGUGUGAUGCAACCUGUACUUUAUCAAUCGACUUUUACCCUGGGAUUUAAAAAACCACACUUACAAGGGCGGACGACACUCAGAUCUCCUGUACUCAAGAAUGCUCAGCGCGAUUUUUACGUUGCUGAAUCUUGGCUCAUUCAAUAAUCUCAAUGGUUUUUUAAAACAGACACUGCUUGGCCACACGGUCGACCUGGGACAUGAGAUAUACGGAGGCAACCAGCUGUACCCAAAGGUCUCAAACACGGUUGACUUGGGAUAUGUGACAUACCGAGGCAAGCUGGAUGAGACAUACCCAAACACGGUGGUAUACUUUGGGAUACCGUAUGCCGAGCCCCCUGUAGGCAACCUGCGCUUUCGCGCCACAGUCCCUCUAAAUACAGAGCGUGUGACUGAAGAGGUCAACGGGGAGGUGGUCGACGCGACCGAGCCCCCUGCCUUUUGCAUCCAAGGAUCACUUUCUGGGAAUGUGGGAGGAGCGGGAUCGGAGGACUGCUUGAAUGUCAAUAUCUACACACCCCUCGGUGCCAAAGAAGGUGACAACCUGCCUGUGUUGUUCAAUAUCCAUGGCGGAGGUUGGGUUGAGGGAAAUCCGACCAACUGGCCAUUUGAUCACUGGAUCGAACAAAGCCCGAAUGUGAUUAUCGUGUCUGUUUAUUACCGUUUUGGUUCCUUCGGCUUCCUGGCCACUCCUGAGUUCACUGACCCCGCAUACGGCGACUUUAAUGCGGGGCUCAAGGACCAGAUCCAGGCACUCAAAUGGGUCCAGUCCUACAUCAGAAAAUUCGGUGGCGAUCCAAACAAGGUCACCAUCGCCGGACACAGCGCCGGUGCCAUCUCCGCGGAACUGCACAUGAUUACCAACAGGACCGAAGGGCUGUUUUCUCGUGCUAUUGCACAGAGCGUGGUCAGGUUGCCCUUCCCCACCCCUGAGCAACAGCAGCCCCUCUUCGACAUAUACGCAUCGCUUGCAGGGUGCAAUGAGAGUUCUGUGGCAGAUAAAAUGACAUGCCUCCGUGAUGCAGACGUUAGUGCACUUGCACAGGCGCAGGAUACAGCGCCAAUUGCAGCAAUCAUUCAGGGAAAGCCAUAUAAUUUAUUCCGCCCCGUCUUGGACGGCGUGCUGAUUACUGAGCACCCUACGACAAAGUUCCAGUCCGGUGAAUUCGCUCAUGUUCCGCUUAUAGUUGGUUCAGCAUCCGACGAGACUCUUACUCCCGGGAACUUGGAUAUCUCUGUAGGACUCAAGUCAUUUUUCCCGUUAUUGACAGACACAGACAUUGAGGCGUUCUUAUCGCUAUACCCACCCGAGGACUUUCAUUCUGAGUGUCAUCGGUUCAGGGUGGCCACAGGCGAACCUAAUGUGUUGUGCUCUGGUCAGGCUAUGGGCAUCCCAUCCUCGCGAUAUUCGGAUACUUGGACUUAUCGGUACAACACGCCUAACCCGAGAUUCACCCUCGUCCAUCAUGCUGCUGAGAUGUGGAUGAUGUUUAAUGGCACUGACACUGGUCCGAACGGCACUGCGGAAUUUACACCACAGACGGACGCCCAAAAAGCAUUCGCUUCCGAACUCAUUGCUUAUUGGCUUUCGUUCGUGCGCACCGGCAAUCCGAAUACUUACAAGCUACCCAAAUCCCCAGUGUGGGGGAACUACAAUGAGUCCGACCCAGUCCGGAUGGUUCUGAUGCAGGACCUGAAAAACUCGGUGGACGUGAGUGGUAGCUACAUGGAGGGACAACCUGCUCCGCAGACUGCCAGGUGUGCAUUUGCAAUUAGCAUGGCGGAGGUUUGUCAGAAUUAGGCAGAGUCGCAGUGACUCUCGUCGAAUUGUCAAACGUUUCGCGUGUUUCGGCCAGAAAGUUGGCUGCUUGUACGCGCUUGCUCAUUGAUCACAUAAUCGGAGUUCUCGUCGAGUUCCUCUAACGUCGUGUUGGUCAUCUCUGUAUUAUCUAGUGUAUAUAUUGUAGACGUACUCACUGGAUUAUAGUCAUUUCUAGAUCCUACUCAUGAUUGAGUUGACUUCGCGCCCUGAUCCCGAGAUCUCCAACACAUUUACA